AUGGAUGAAGAUACGAGUGAAGAACCAGCCAAAAUGAUAUGUGAGAUAAGAGGACAGCCUAUAUCAAGCUUAUCAUUUACCAAAAAUAAUACCCCAAACCUUGUAAACAAUGAUACCAAGCCAAAAGAUAUAGCUCCACCUAUUACAAGGGUACGAAAAGAAAGAAUUCUUUACCCACGUGGCCGAGGCGGAAUGUCCUCGAAACCUCGCGUUACUGGUGGUCGUCCCAUAACCCAAACAGAAGCUGUGGAGUUGCGCACAGUAAUAUUUGGAUCCGCUACUUCACCUCUGAAGGGAGAAUGGUUACGUACGGGCUUCGUAUUCUCAACACCUGGACAAGAAUUUGCAUAUUGUCUUCGUGCUCCAAGAAGUGCUUGUCGUGGACUAUUAUCCGUGCUUCAGGCAUACCUGAUCAAACAUUUUCUUUUUGAUAAACGCCCUACAGGCAAAAGCAUCCCUCCCGAAAUUCUUCUGAAGCCAUCACAGGCUGCACAAACGGAGGCUUUAUGCACCUGCAUUGCUUCUAUAUUAUGGACAGUCGGCGAGAAACGAUCGGCUUGCGUUGCAUUACCUGACGAAACAAUAUUUGUCGAACAGUCACAUCUAUAUUUUCAUGAUGGCAUUACAGAAAAAUUAAAAAUAUUUGAGUUCAAUCAUUUGGAAGACUUGCAGAUCUUCAUAAAGCUAUAUCUUCAUAUGUUUCAAGAGCAACCGGGAGCCGGUGCACUGUUAUUAUUAUAUGGAGCAGUUCUUACCAGAUCACCGCCUGUAGUAUUGCGUGAUCUUGACCAGCCUGUUGACGUGCAUCUGGUAGGACCUGAUGAGGAAGGAUCACUUUGUGUAGUGACUUUGCUGGUGUCUGGAAGAGCGACUCCAUUUUUGCACAAUGGUGUUGUCUACGCCGGUGAUGAAGACCAUUAUGCUAUGCCGCAAUUUGGAGUGUUGUCCAGGAGUGCGGUAGGUCUGUUAGUGUACGAUGGCGAUGCAGCUCUUGGACCAGGCGAAGAGUCUCGGCGACCUGGUUCGAGGUUGAAGACCCCCGGGCUGCCAGUGUGGGUGACGAGUUGUCAGGGGCAUUACGGUGUUAUGUUCAACACCAAUAUGGAAUUGCUUAGAAAUUAUCAUGCCGAAAAAAGAUUCGAAUUGCAGUACUGCACCACAAGUGGUAACCACGUGGUCUUCACUGUGGAUACACGUGGCCAGAAUGAAGAAUGUGAUGAUGAUGGAUCACCUUCCUGCAAAGAUGAUAUGGCUUCUACACCUCUUGAAAAAUUAAUACAUACAAAAUGGCAGGAUGCAAAAAUAACUUGGACAGGUCAAACUCCUACAGUAUAA